UAAACCUUGCAGUCGAUAUCGUUGAUUUCGCCUUGAUUUACAGGGAAUGUUUCCCUUUUAAUUUCUGCAAGAAUAAUGGGCUGGAAAAGUAAGAUUUUGAUCGUGCUGCUGAUCACGCUCCUGAUCUUGGUCCACAAGUGGUGGACGCCGACGGCCGGCGGCUCCAACACAGAUGUCCUGCCCGUGGUCCUGUGGCACGGCAUGGGCGACACCUGCUGCAUGCCCUUCAGCCUGGGCGCCAUCGAGAGCCUCAUCGUGGAGCAGACGCAGGGCGGCUACGUGCGGUCCCUGGAGAUCGGCGGCAACCCGAUCAUGGACUGGCAGAGCGGCUUCUUCAUACACCCCAAUGAGCAGGUCAAGUGGGUCUGCCAGCAGCUGCUGCAGGACGAGCGCUUGGCCAAGGGCUACAACGCCAUCGGCUUCUCGCAGGGCGGUCAGUUCCUGCGCGCGGUGGCCCAGCGCUGCCCCCAGCCGCCGAUGAGGACCCUCAUCAGCUUCGGCGGCCAGCACCAGGGCGUCUUCGGGCUGCCUAUGUGCCCCACCCUCAGCCAGAAGACCUGCGACUACAUUAGCCGGCUUCUCAACAGCGCCGCCUACUCGGAAGUGGCCCAACAUAACUUGGUGCAGGCCACCUACUGGCAUGAUCCCAUCAUGGAGAACCACUACCGCCUGGGCAGCACAUUCCUAGCGGACAUAAACAACGAGGUGUACCUCAAUACCUUCUACGUAGAGAACCUCCAGAAGCUAAAGAAAUUCGUGAUGGUGAUGUUCUUGAACGAUACGAUUGUCCAGCCGAAGGAGUCUCAGUGGUUCCAGUUCUACACCAGCGGCCAGGACAGAAUCAUCCAGCCUUUCAACGAGAGCAAGGCCUAUCAGGACCUGCAUUUGGAUAAGAUGCAGAGCGAGGGAAAACUCGACUUUCUCGGCAUUGAAGGGGACCACUUGGCCAUAUCCAAAGAGUGGUUUAUCAAGAACAUAGUGCCUCUUCUACUGGAAAAAUGAGAUCUCAAACUCAGAACAGAAACGUGAAAAAAUACAAAUGUGACAGUUUUACCCUUGACUAUAGCAAAAUGCUCCAGAUUUAAACUAUGUUUUGAUACCAUAUAUACUUUUAUACAUGUUUAAUUAGAUAUUUAAUAAAUUCAGUUGGGACAUACAAAA